AUCAACAAUUACACGACUUCGAUUUUACCUAUUCUUCUCCCAUACAUAUUAUUGUGAAUUGCCAUUGAUUAUAUCACUCAGUCGUUCUUUACAAUAUUUGACUUGCAUUAUUGCCCUCUCCUAAUUCGUCUGCGCAUAUACAUACGUCCAUCGCAACCAUGUCGCGCCCUGAAGAUGUCUUGCCUCCAGAUCUCUUUUACAACGACAAUGAGUCACGCAAAUACACUACUUCCUCCCGUAUCCGUAACAUUCAAUCCGACAUGACCCAUCGAGCCCUUGAGCUUCUCGAUCUCAAAUCUCCUUCUCUCAUUCUCGACCUUGGGUGCGGCUCGGGUCUCUCCGGUGAAAUCCUUUCCAGUCUCCCCGGCGAAGAAGGCGGGCCACACACCUGGAUUGGUAUGGACAUUUCGCCCAGCAUGCUGGACGUAGCUCUUCAACGAGACGUGGAAGGCGAUUUGCUACUUGCAGACAUCGGUCAGGGAGUACCGUUUCGACCUGGUUCCUUCGAUGCGGCCAUCAGUAUUAGUGCAAUCCAGUGGCUUUGCAAUGCGGAAACCAGUGAUGUGAGCUCUGAAGGCCGUCUUCGUCGCUUCUUUGAAGGUCUCUAUGCCUGUCUUCGUCGAGGUGGACGUGCUGUCUGCCAAUUCUAUCCGAAAAAUGACGCUCAACGGAGCAUGAUCAGUGCCGCUGCCAUGCAUGCUGGCUUCGGUGCGGGUAUCCUGGAAGACGACCCGGGAACCAAAAACAGUAAAUUGUAUCUUGUGCUGACAGUUGGCGGUGGUGGCUUGAAGGGAGACAUUACUGGCGUUGUCCAGGGCAUGGAUGAGGUUGAUGUCCUAGAUGCCAGAAAGAGGGCCAUACAAAAUAAAACAUCAUCAUCGAAAAAAGGCGACAAAGCUUGGAUCAUGCGCAAGAAGGACCAGAUGGAACGAAAAGGCAAGGUUGUGAAAGCGACCUCGAAGUACACCGGCAGAAAGAGACGACCGGCAUUCUGAGCGUCGAUCUAUGUAAAAUUCUUCUGAUCGAUGCAAUGAGGUAAAGUGGUUCGUCCGAGAGUUCAAUGAACAAUGACCACUUUCGCCCCGGCAAAGCUCUUCAAGUGCGUUUCAAAUAACCGCCGAAGGUCAACGAUUCCCACGAACGAUUGCUUAGUUGAUUAGGCUCUCUUACUCUAUGCCAUGCAAGACAUUCGACUUCGUCCUGUGAUAUCAUCUCCAGAUGGAGGGCAUACCGUCGAUUUCUUAGUAGUCGUGUUUGGACGGAGGCCUUAGGGAAGGGGGCUUCUAGAAUUGGAGGACAAGCAUAGGAGCCGAUUUUUCAAUAUACCCGAUAUGAAAUAGAAAUACAUAGUCACUUUAAUGAUAAGAUGAAAUGAUACAUAGACACGUUC